CCUUCAUUCCCUCGUGAUCCGAUGAAGACCCAGUGUUGAGAUGAGAACCGCUCUGAAGAACCAACUCUCCCGCGCCGCUGCCAUCUCCACCGCCUCCUCGAGCUUCAACCUCUCCGGCGAUCGAUCCAUCCUCUUCUCCAGAUUCUAUGGAGGUUCGGAACCAUUGGCUGAGAAAGUGGAAGCUGUGGCAACUCCUAGGGAUGCAUCGGGAGUUUCCUAUGGAAUGGGCAGGGCUCUUGCUGUUAGAGGUGUUGUUGUAAAGGAUAAGGUUUAUCAUAACUUAAAAUUUACUGAGCUUCAAAAUCUUGGUGCAUCCACAGUAGAACAUCUUUGUGGCCUUCCAUUUCAUGUGAGAGGAAAUGCUGUUGGUGGAGCUCCAGAAAUUUCAAAGGCUCAAUUCAAGAAAAUUUUAAAUCAUGUUACAUCUCACCUUUCUUCAAUGUCAAGUUUGUUUGUUCAAGAUGGGGCUGUGGGUUCUUUCUCAAAGUGUGAUGCGAAGGUCCGUGUCAUAAGUGAUAGCUCCUCCGCUGCUUUGUCAGUUGCUAAUAUCCUCUGGACAACAUCCAGCAGAGCAAUUUCCCAUGAUUCUUGCCCUGUGACAGUUUAUAUUGCUAGUUCUAUAAGGUCUAGUGUCGGGGACACUCUUGGCCUUGAGGCAUCUCAUGGGUGUGCAGCAGUUGAUAUUGAAAGUUCAUCCCUCAUAUUAUGCGGUAGAACUUUCUCUGACACUAAUGCUGUAAAAAAAGCUCUCGGUGCUUUGACCGCACCUAUAAUAUCUGCUAGGGGAGGCAUUCCUCUUUGUGGCAGGCUUCUUGUUGCUGGUGAUUCUGUUAUUCUGCUUUUCGGUCUGGAUGAUAUUUUAGAAAGGUGCUCAGAUCUCUGUGAAGCACUACUGUCAUCAGAUGCAGGUGUUGUUUGGUCCUCUCAUGGAAUUGCGCCAUUCUUUCAGUCUGGAGCUUUAGCUAGACCAAGUUUGUUAAAAAAGCCAGCAUGCAUAAUCUUUGCAACAUCUGAUAGUACCGGAGCUCUUCCUUUGCUCUCAAAACUUUCUCCUGGUCAAGCUGCCUUUCACUUUUUGGCUGGCUAUCAAGAUGGAAAGUUUCUUCCUGUGUAUGACAAAGGUCCCUCACCCAUUGAUCCACUAGUACUUGCGAAGGUCCUCUAUUCACAGUUAAAAGAUAAUGGCAUUCCGUCCUUCUUAAUAAAUAUCAGUCAUGGCGGAAAGCAUAUACCUUGCGGCGAACUAAUUAAAUUGGUCAAGUCAACUUUAUCCAGUGGAUUAUCAGAAAGCAAACCGGGGGCAACUUCUGGUUCCAAGGUUAGAGAUCUAAAAGGGAAGUACAAGAGCUUUUUAUCAGGUAAAUUCCAAGAAUUACCAAAGGAAUUCUCUUUCUGACAACUCUGAAGCUGCAACAUUUUUGGCUGCCAGAUGUACAUAGUAUACACUUAUAGUUUAAUGUUUCAACAGUAAUAUGUUUAUCAGUGUUUCAUCAAUGCUAUGUCUUUGAGCUGCUUUUCAAAUUGGUU